UCCUUUGGGCUGGAGGAAUGGGGAAAGACGGCAAGGCGAGGGGGACCGACAGCGAGCUCGUGCCGGAGGAUGAUGCAGAUACAGCGAAAAGUCUCAUCCCCGCCAGCCGCCUGCUAGACGCCGUCCUGAACGACCUGUAUGAUUUUGGCAAACCAGUACGUGAUGAAAACAAAAAGCGAAAAAGGCAAAAAAGAAAUCCACUGGCGACAGCAACAAAGACAGCCAGUAAUAAUUUAUCAGAAGACAGAUAUGUGAAUUCUGAAUUUGGUGCAGUAACUCCAGGCAAGAGGAAAAAGUCCUCCAACUUUUUUGAUAGCCUGAAAGAGGAACUGGCUUAUGACUGUAUUAAUCAGGAAAAGUGUAUCCCAGAAUUCAGUUCCUCCAAUGCUGCCCAGCUGAAAUCUGACCAGCAGGGAAACAUGGCAGAAGUUGAAGUUGUGACAUUUCAUGGUCAGCCUAAAAAGAAGAAAAACAAAUGGGAUAAUAGUGAAGUUAAUGUUUCUAAGGUGAAAAUGAUUGCUGAAGAAAAACAUUCCAAUAGCCAAGAAUUUAACUUGGAAAAAGCUCGUUUGGAAGUGCACCAGUUUGGAAUCACUGGAUUUGAGAAAAAGGAACAGCGGGUUUUAGAACAAGAACGUGCUGUCAUGUUGGGAGCAAAGCCUCCUAAAAAAGAAUAUCUGAACUACAAGAUUCUUCAACAGAAAAUCAAAGAAAAAAAAGCGAAGAAAGAAGAGACUGUCAUGGAAAAUAAAUCUGAUUCUCUCAAGAGGCAGAAGAAAAAAGGACACGAAGAGAGGAAGUCUAGGAAGAAGACAAAGCAGAACAUAUUGCCUACAGGACAAGUUGGAACAUUUAAAAAUGGGACCCUGAUUCUUCGUAGUUCUGACAUAAAGAAAAUCAAAUCUUCCAAAGUAGUUAAAUGAAAUCACUGUACCAUACUGAACAGAAAAUGAGAAACUAAGGGUCCUAGCAUGCCAGCUGCUUCCUGCAAUGUGUGCAUUAAGACUGGGCACAAGAAUAAUCUGCCUGCUGAACAGCAUAAGAUAUUGAUCCCGCAGGAAAAAGUCAUCCCAGCUAAAUGUUCACAGAAGAAUUCUUAAUAAAUAUUUAUGAAGUAUG